AUGGUACAUUUCUCCUGGCUGGCGCUCUCACUUUCAGUCGCUGGUAUCGUAUCAGCUUCGGGCGCAAUCUACGAGGAUGGAACCCGGAUGCUCAAACACCGUCGUGUCUCGCGUUCAAGCCUCCAUCAUCGUACCCCCGGACUUGCUCGACGCGCAGGCGCCAAGCAUACAAAAUCGCAGACAACUACUUUGGCGAUAAUUUCUUCGAUAAGUGGAUGGGACUUUUUCAGUGAAUCUGACCCAACCAAUGGAAAUGUCAACUAUCUCACUAAAUCGGACGCAUUCUCCAAGAAACUUGCUUAUGUCCAGGAUAAUGGUACGGUAAUUAUGAAAGUUGACGAUACCACCUGGGUUUCGUCCGGGGGUAAUCGAAACUCCGUUCGUAUCGCCUCGUCCAAGUCUUAUACACAGGGCUUAUUUGUCCUGGAUGUCGAACGAUGCCUCAUGGUUGUGGUGUUUGGCCCGCUUGGUGGACCGUUGGGCCCUCGUGGCCCAACGGUGGAGAAAUUGAUAUUCUCGAGGGCGUUCAUAAUAAUCAAAUCAAAUGACUCUUCAUACGUCCUCGGGAUGCACCCUCGACACUGGCCUCCUGAAGCUCAAGACAUCGACAUUCUCUCCAAGAAUUGCGAUGCAGCAGUAAAUUCCAAUGCUGGAUGCGCAUUCCUAGACUCGGACAAAGCCUCUUACGGUUCCGGGCUCAAUGCGGCAGGUGGUGGCGCCUAUGCAAUGCUUUGGGACGACGAGGGUAUUUCGAUUUGGUUCUUCCCCCGCAGCAAAAUGCCUUCGGACAUCCAGAACCUCAAAUCCAAAACCAAUGCCACAGCUGACCCGUCGACAUGGGGAACCCCAAAGGCGCACUGGACCUCAUCGAGCUGCUCUACCACCAAUUUUUUCAACUCGCACAGUAUUGUUUUCGAUACGACUCUUUGCGGUGAUUGGGCCGGUGCCACCUACUCAUCAGCUGGAUGCCCUGGUACUUGUGCGGACCGGUUGAAAGACCCGGCUAACUUCAAGGAUGCCGUCUGGAAGAUCAACUCUAAUUCGUUCGAUAGAUCCAUACCAGCUGGACUCGUGCGUGAAACCAUCUCUGGCCCCGAUAUACGAGCCCAAACCAACGUGGACCCGAUUGGACCUGAUAGCGAUUCGUUCAAUUUCCCCUCUGUCUCCUACCAUGUCCGAAUCUACCAACCAAAUUGCAUCGUUGCGCACAAAGCCAUUCGCCCACCACUCGGUCGCUUUCUCCCUUUUCAUCCCAAGUUACUUGCACUUGCUUCGUCCGCCAAUUACGGUCUUGUUGGUAAUGGUCGGCUGCAUGUAGUGUCCCAGGGUCAUCCUCCGGCACCAACUGGAGCAGGUGGAUUCGAUGCGAGCACUCUGAGAAUCGACAGAGCAUACCGCACCCAGGAUGGUCUGUACGACCUCGCUUGGUCCGAGCUGCACGAGAACCAAAUUGUCACCGCAUCAGGAGAUGGGUCGCUUCGUCUUUGGGAUAUCACUAUGACAGAUCUUCCCAUUCGUAUCAAGCAGCUGGGACGGGACUGUGAAAGUGUGGACACCUAUGAACGGAGCAUCCAUCCAAACUAUUCCGGCCCAUUCUUCUUGUGUCUACCAGGCCUCUUCUCCCCUCAUACUCCAGACAUUCUCGCGACGGCUUCAACUGAUGGUACAAUGCGUUUGUUCGAUCUUCGUGUUCCCCUGCAUAGUCUUCAGCCUGCUGCCAACCCCAAUGCCCCAACUCUUCCGUUAAGCUCAACGCCACUCGCUCGGCCGUCACUUACCAUUCCAGCGCACGGAACAGAAAUACUCAGCCUGGAUUGGAACAAGUACCGUCCCUGGGUUCUGGCCAGUUCAAGUGUCGACAAGUCGGUCAAAAUCUGGGAUGCCCGGCAAAUCCAAUCGAACCCUACAGGGGAACAGGGGCUAGUUGGGGGUACGUGCGAGAUUGAUCUCUUGGGGCAUGAAUAUGCGUUAUGA